CCAGCUUUACUGGAUCCAUCAGUUCAACGAUUCGGCUCAAAUCGAUUCGACACCCAGCAGCAGUAGCAGCAAGGCACGCAACAAUGGCAACAGUACUUCGUCUAGCAAUCGCACUUACGUUGGCGGCGGCUCUGGUCGCAGCAAAACCAUCGCGACCGAAGAUUGUCGGUGGCGAGGUAGCGAUCCCGCACGAGUUUCCCUAUCAGAUCUCGCUGCAGUGGAACUUCAACCAGGAAGGCGAGGAACCAUUCCACUUCUGCGGUGGUUCGCUGAUUGCGGCCCGGUUCGUACUGACUGCUGCCCAUUGCGUACCGAGCGCUAUUUCUCCCGACGGUUUCGCUGAAGCCGUUGCCGGAGAGCACGAUUUCAGCCAGUUCGAUGCAGCGGUACAGCGUCGUCGUAUUGUUGAGACGUAUGUGCACGAGGACUACGCUGGAGGAGUUGGACCCAACGACAUUGCUGUGUUCCGCGUCGAUCAGCCGUUCAAACUGAAUCGUAAGGUGCAGCUGGUCCGCUUGCCGGAACCGAACGCAAUGCCGACGGGCGUCUGCACCAUCAGCGGUUGGGGAUCGACCUCCUUCACGCCGUUCCCGUCCUACCCGGAUACUCUGAUGAAAACCACUCUGCCCAUCAUGGAUCUGGACGUGUGCCGUGAAAUUUACCAAACGGAACUGAUCGAGGACAGUAACAUCUGCGCCGGUACGAUGGAAGGUAGCUCGAGCGUCUGCUCGGGAGACUCUGGCGGCCCGUUGGUGCAAACUGACGACGAGAUCGUGCAGGUCGGCAUCGUUUCCUGGGGAGGCAUUCCGUGCGGUGGUUACAGAAACCCGGGAGUGUUCGUUCGUGUUUCGUACUUUAUUGACUGGAUCAAUGAUAAACUCAACAACUAAAUUACAAUGUUUGUAUUUGACGACGAUGAGCGUUACAGUGCGUGGAAUAAAGGCUUGAAAUGAAGAAUUAA